AUGAGACGCAAGUUGGACCUUUUGCAGUCCUCCAUUUUUAAAAGCGCACCUUCUUCCGGUGGCGAACAUACCGACCUUGCUCUGGAAAAGCCUAUGAAUUCCUCCCAUACACCUGCUUCAAAUCAUGACGUUACAGGAUUUGAUAUUCCUUCAUAUCGUGCUAUUGACACCGCAGAUUGCGCAGGCGACCUACUACAAUGGUCAGAUCUCUUCAGUAAUGACUUCUGUGGCGGUUUGCCUGACUCUUCCAGUGAUCCUGGGAAUCCCCUUGACUUCCAAACUUUCUCUCAAAUGAGUGAUACAUAUCCGGGAACGGGGUUGGCACUGGAAGAUGUCUUUCUCCAGUUCCCCAAUCUCCCACAGACACUCUCUCCCGUCAACAUAUUGGGGGAUGCUUCUUUCUUGCUAAAGAACUUCCAAAAGAAUAUUAUCCCCCAGAUGACUGUUGUGCCUCUUGCUAAAAGCCCGUGGAAUAUUCUGAAUAUAUCUGCGGCGUUGGUCACCCUGGGAGAACUGACCAUCAUGGAAUCUGAAAGUGUCAGCCAUGCCCGACAGGCAAACCUUUAUAGUUUACUCGCUUGUUCUGCUAUACACUUGGCAAUGGAUUCAUCGACUGAAACGAUUGGCUUCUGUCCGAGGAAUCAUUGGAAAGAAGUCUCGGAGCAGGCUUAUCAGCGUGCGAAUACACAUAUGAAAAUCUCUUUGAGUGAGGAAACUGGUGGUACUAGAAAGGCCAAACUGAAGGAUCAGCUAAUGGCAAUACACGGGCUGACGGAGUUUGCGAUAUUCUCUGGUCAAUAUAUGGAUGCACGGAGUUACCUGAUGGAUGCGGAACGGCUUUUGCGUUUUCGCGGGCUGUCAAAAUGCAGGAUAUCUCAGAAGCUCCGUCUUCUGUUCAACGUCUACGUAUGGCUCCGCCUUAUUGGAGAAAGCACAUACGUUCUGUAUAACUACAUCCCAUCAGACUCAUCUGUCGACAACCUGAACACGCAUUGCCAAUUUCAGACACCUGAUUCUAGCCUGAACUCGAUAGCAGAAAUUGCCGAGCGUGGCCGGAGAAUAGAUGACUUUCUCCAUUUUGAGAAUUCCGAAGGCGAUCUCAACAUCGAUGAACCAAAAGACCGGAGAAUGGACCUUCCUGAUAUUCAUCUUCAAGAUUCACGAAAGUCAACUGAGAGUCUAUGCCAACAGGUGUACGGGAUUCCUGAGACAAUGCUUAGUCUAGUCUCACAAACUACUCGGCUGGCAAAUGUCAUGCAGACAUUGGGGAAUGCACAAGAUUUAGGCAUCCCGAUCGGCAGCCAUGUUUGGAAGACUUUGAACCGACACACUACACAUCUUGAAAACGUGAUAAACUCUUUCAGAAACCGCGACCUGGUUCGGGACACUUGCAAAGAACAAACCUCGCCUCAUGAACUCAUGGUCCAGGCUUUGAACUCCUCUCUUGUCAUAUUUUCUACAGGAGAGUAA